AGAAAAUAAAACAAGAAAGAACCUAACAAUGUUAUCCUUGUGGUCUUGACUCUUGAGGGUACAACAUUCUUCUAAGGAAUCUCUGGCGUUACUUUUUUUACUGCAUAUGUUAAUUACUUUUUUGAAACGAAAUUUUAAUUCAUUGAUUAACAAAAAGGUCCACAAUAAGUUCAGGAUCGGAGGAGUGUCAUCCCACAUAAAACGAUGUGUAGAAGCACUUCUCGCUAAAGUAUGAGCAACAGAAUCGAAAGAUCUACGUAUAAAACAUACGGAUGCAGACUCACAGGAAGAAAGUAAAACAUAACAGUCUUCAAUCAACGAACCAAGAUAUGAAUAAAAGGGGCCAUGAUCCCGUUGUUCAAUAUAAUAGCUGUGACCAACUGUAGACAAUUGUAUGCACGAAUCUCCUUACCUUUCAACCAGAGUAAUGCCUCACGACACGCCAUGGCUUCUGCCAUCAAAGGUUCUUGCACACAGAUCAAGCGACCAUUGACUAUUGCUUGGAACAAGCGGUCUUCACCCAAAAGCACGCAUCCAAAACAAACCAAACCAGACGGAGGGAAAACAACUGCAUCUACAAAGCACAACUCUUCCCCUGUCACAGCACUCACAGCACUGAUGGGUUGGGGUAGCAGACCUGGAACUGCAGCAAUUGAGCUUCUCAAUUCCACUCUUCAAAGAGGCAGCCGCGCUAGUUACACCUUCUUCGAGACCUUCUCCAAGAACGUUCUUACCAACCUUCUCUACAUCAAGAAGAAUCUCUUCACAGAAUUUGUGUCAAUAGAACUUGGGCUCUUUUUCUCUUUUGGGGCUAACUGCACCAUAGAAGUCUCUGCUGCCUCAAAUCGUAGAGGGGAAUACAUAAAAAUUCUGGAGAAGAGAAGGGAAGGGAAGAAAUUCAUAUUAAUUCCGUCGGGCCAUAGAAACAAUGAUUUCAAUCUGCUUUACAAGGCUUUGUCUUUCUUCUUGGAGAAGGUCACCAAAAAUUCAACUUCUGCACAGGACAAACCGCAGCCUAUUACUCUCUCUGAAGGGCCUCCCUUAAUUCGAUCUCAUUCCACAGACUUGGUAAAAGAUACACUUGUACUUCAAUCUAAGUUUGGGGAGGAGGAGGAUAGCACAAUUUCAGAUUGUAUGGUUGUUGCAGAAUCUGGUUUACCUCCUGAUGCUGCAGAGACUCCUCUGAACGUAGAGGUCAUCAAGGAAGAUGCACAACCUAGUUUUCUCCACAAAGUAGCUAGGGGUAAGCAGAUUGAUCCUGUCCAAGGCCUAGAAGACAACCUCCAACCCUAUUCCAUCCUCUACCCCCCGUUGCCAAGGUUCAGUCUUUCUCCUUUUGCCAACGAAUUCAUUCCCUCUAUGCCUAAUUCCUUUGCAGCACUUUUCAGCCAAGAAGAUGCCAUUGAAACAUCAUUGGAACCACUUGCUUCAGAUGAUCCAUUGGCAAAUAUUGAUGGAAGGAAUAUGGCACUCUCCAACAAUGCCAUUGAGGAUUUGCCACAUGAAAGAGAUGAGCCUAUACUUUACACACACUCAGAUGGAGAGGACAGGGCCUUUAUAGAUUAUAGACUUAAACCCCUCCAAAUAGACAUUUCAAGGUGCUCCAAGACACCAUUAUUUCUGGGAAGGGUGUUUAAAGGUCGGAAAACUUUCUCUCCAUCUCAUAUGGUCACUAGAAGUAAAGAGAGGCUGCUUACUGAAGGUAGAAAAAAUAAUCCUUUGGGCUUGUUAGAUGAAUCAGAUGACUCAGCCAAUUCCUUCGCUAAUGAUAUAAUUGAAGCCUUCAAACAAAGCUGUCCAGUUAAGAAGGAGACUGCUCCUAAAACCCACCAUCAUCCCAUUACCCGAAGCCAAAAAAGGAAAGCAAAAAAGAAGGCUAAGCUUGCUAAGCAUGGCCCUACUUUGACUGUGGGCAUAUGGAAUUGGCCAUGGGGACAACUAUUGCACUCUGGUUUUUAGUUCCAUCAUCUCCGAUGGAGCCAAAAUUUCACCAUUUUUUGGCUUUGGGGUGUGAUGGAAUAAAUCAAAAUGGAUCUCUAAACUGUCUGCGCUUCUUUAAUUAAUGAAGUAGCAGUUAGUCAAGCAAUGCAACUUUCGACGUUGAGCCGGGGGUCUCUUUGGAAACAGCCUCUCUACUUUCGAGUAGGGGCAAGGUCUGCGUACACACACCCUCCCCAGAUCCUACUCUUGUGGGAU